AUGGAUGUGUAAAUUCCAACCUCAUGACAAGACUCCCUAUGGACAUUGUUCCCUUCUUCUCUCACCCCCACCCGCGCCAUGUUUCUUUCAUACGCAUUUGACAUUACUUAACUGAGUGUCGCAAAACCCGUGACGCCUACAGUGUCAGGCAAGUUGGUUGCACGUAACUUGUCAAAGGAUUACAGUGCACCUCGUAACUUGAGCCUUUGUGUGUUUGUUUGUUAUCAAGUGUGUCUCAUGUUAAGGAAAGAUUGAGCAGCCGAGGAUGGCUUAAGUGACAUACGGAGUUUGACUGAACGAUUCUGAACCGAUACCAUCGUGGCUUAUCUUUUAGUGUAUCAGUGAUUUCAGAGUUGCGUCACAUCCGUAAUAAAUCGUGGACGUUUUUCUUGCCUUACGCCUCCCGCUCAUCUGAAGUGCCUCGGGAUGUGCGAGAAUCAGGCAAUGGCUUAAGUGACUUAACUGAAAACUACCUGGAAGGCGAGAAGGACCUGAGGAGUGAGAUGAGAGGGAGGGAGGAAGGGUCUGUUGGUGGAAGAAUCAUGGCGGUGAAAAACACUUGCAUAUAAGCACCAUUUCGUGCCUACCAGCUACAAACAAGUCGCUGGUGAACAUUACGUGACCUGCACCGCCGGCCUCUGUAGGUGCUGGACGUGGAAGCAUCGCGGCUGGAAACAUGAUGCCGCCGCCGGGCACGUUCCCCACCGAGCCGAACGACCCUCGCGGCGAACAGAGGCCACAGGAGUCAGAUGAGACGGCCACGAUAGACUCUCUGCAGUGUGAGGCUUCGGAGUCUCAGGGUCUGUUAGAAGUCGAUGACCCCCAACAAAGACCAUCGUCGUCUCACUCGCACACAGCAGCCGGGGACCACGACGCUGCCCCAAGACAAGCCGCUCCCGUCAGCGAGCACAGGCACGGCCCGGCGGUCGUCAGUAAUCCUCUCUUCGUACGGUCAUUCAAAAGGCGAGUUCGGACCCGUGAGCGGCGAGGGUACAGGUACAAGUCCCUGGGCAGCACCGCUGAGCUGAGGCCGCUCGCGAGGCAGGGGGAGGAGGAUGAUGGCGAGGCCGAUGAUGACUGGGAGGUGGACGAGACGUUUAUUGGCGGCGUGAGAGACGCGCCGCUGAUUGAGGAGCGCGACGAGAGUGACCCCUGUGACCUCGGCUCUCCUGGAUCCGACAGUGUGUUUUCGUCGCACCACAGCCCCUCGCCGACGCUGUCCCCGGUCACCUCGCCCAAGAAGAGUGACAACAAAACGGAUUUCCUGGCUCGAUGGUGGGCCUCGCCCUCGUCGCCGCCCGGCAACUCUGAUCUCGAUACUCACCAAGAACCGAAGGAGCGAAGCACCGGACUCGGCUUCCUCUCGCGGCUCAGCAAAAGUGUUUCUCCAAAAAAGAAGCACCACAGGCCCCCCUCGAUGUCCUCGGGCGGCGACUCGUCUUGGGAAAACAUGACAGACGCGUCCACGAUCAGCGGCGGCGAGGCGGCGCCCACAUCGCCGAAGCCACAAGGGAACCCGCCGGCCGCCUCCUCACCGCCACGAGCCAGCCUGCCCGCCUCCCCCGAGUCCGCGCCGCGGCCCACCAAGAUACCUGUCAGGACGGUGCCUGCAGCAGGCAGUGCCAAGAGUCCCCAGCUUAGUCCAACGAAGGGCGUGGCGACAGAAACCCGCUCACCACAAGACCAAAAUAACAGUCCCCCAAGCACGUCACCCCCGCCUAAACUCCCGCCACCGCCUCUCAGCAGGAAGUACGGGGUGCGCCACCACUCCAGGCGGUCCUCCUCGAGUCAGCCUGACGAGCCCCGCACCCUGAGCACCAGAGGCAGCGUCGAGAGGUCCGAACAGGAAAACAGAGUCACAACAUCUCCAUACAUGUGUAAGGACACUCCAUCCUCCCCAAAAGAGAUACGGAGUGCUGGGGUGCUGGAGACCAUGGAGCGGCUGACCCCUCCGCUUGGGCCACACUCUGCCCCCUGGAGCCUGGGCACCGGCCAGGCUCCCUCCCCAGGGUCAGCGGCCACCGUUGAGGCGACGCUAGCCGAGACGAGUCCCUCGACACGCACACGAGACGCGAGUCCACGUAAGAACAAGUUUUUCCCGGGAUUUGUUUUCCUUAGCGACGGCAGCGCCAAGAAGAGUGAGGCGGAAAGGGGAUCCCUGAAGGAGCGUGGCAGCACCGCCGAGCGCAAGGUGAACGAGGCCAUCGCCACGCUGAGCCAGGGACGCCUGAGGAGGGUGGGGGCUCUGAGGAAGGGCGAGGACCUGCACCGCCUCAUCGGAACGGCCCCCGCUCACCCCGGUGAGGCCGCUGCGCCAGGGAAACCAAAGGAUGACCGCGAGGCUCCGGAGGAUGGAGGGACGCCGCACACCGGGCCAGCCGCUUGGAGUUCCCAAGGGAACACUGCUGGCACCCUGGAAAAUAAAGACGAAGUGAAGGGUGUGAGGCAGCAGCCGCAGGUGUUGGUGAGCCAGGCUGAGGCGGGACCCCCAGACACGGGUCCGAGGCAGCUCUCUGAGAGGUUCGUGAAAAACAGGCCCAAGCGCCCCAUGGAGCGAUCAACUUCUGUUCCAUUCUGGAGUAAACUUCAACUCCAGGAGGCCGCACAGAUCUGUGGCGGGGCUGCCCCCUCUCAGGCCCUCGACGGUGAUGCUCUUGAAGCCAAGACUCGCCGGCCUGAAGGUAAGAUCGAGCACGUGGCCCGCUACGCCCUGGAGCAAAGGAGGGCGUCCCACAAGCGAGCCAGGUCCCAGGACGCUACAAGAAGCUUCUGCGCUGAGCUCACUCUUGGCCUCACCCCCAGCAGAUCCUCCUCCCAUGAAAACCUGGCCAAGAGGGACAAGGCUCAGACGUCGGGGGCGGCGAUGACCAUCCUGUUUGUAGAGGGCGAGCGGGAGGACGAGGCGUCUCAGGGGAGCCUGGGGCCCCGAGCGCCCAAGCGGCACACCAGCUGCAUCGACGUGGUCUUGGCCGGCCAGAACGAUCAACAACAGUCAUCUUUCACCCGCGGCCUGUGGGACUCCAAGCUCAGGAGCGUGUCCGCGGCGUGUCUAGCCAAGAAGAACUCCGGAGGCAAGUCGCCACAGAGCACCAAGUGGUUUGAUGACGCGGCGACCCCCCCGGACCAGACGGAGGGCGAGGGGAUCCCCAUGGCGUCCCAGCACGUGUACACGUCCCCCUACGAGAUGCUGGCGCAGCCCAAGGAGCGGCCCUACCUCCAGCGACUCAUGGGCGUCUUCCCCAUGCUGGGAGCGGACAGCAAAAUGGACUCCCUGGUGCACCAACUUGACCUCUACAGCAAACAGGGCAUUCCAAGGCAGCCACACCUCCUUGCCUGCCAGACCAUGGGUGGCGAGCAAGAUGUGGUGUUGGAGGACAGCUGGCGUACCUUGGUGGAGGGACAGGACCAGCUGGAUGAGAGACAGGAACAGCAGCAGAGCGCCAUCUGGGAGCUGGUGGAGACGGAAGCUACUUAUAUCCACAUGCUCAAAGUGAUCACCGACCUGUUCCUGGCGUGUCUAUGCAACCUGCAGAAUGAGUCGCUGCUGUACGAGGUGGACACAGACAAGCUCUUCAGCAACAUCCAGGAGAUCUAUUCAGCCAACCUCACCUUCUGGCGCGAGCACGUCACACGCAUGUUGGACGCCUCGCGCUCCUCACGCCAACCCCUGGACCCAACCCUCCUCACCGAUGCCUUCUACAAGUUUGACGAGUUGUUUCACCCGUACACUCGCUACUGCCUCGAGCAAAGCCAUUGUCAGCUCUACUGUAAGGAGAAGGACCACGACAACGAGUACUUCAAGAUGUACCUGGCUUGGUGCGAGACCCAGAAGGAGUGCAACAGACUACGCUUGGUGGACAUACUCGUUCAGCCCAUGCAGAGGCUCACCAAGUACUCCCUGCUGCUCAAGGCCAUCCUCAAAAAGACCAGCCUGAACGACCACAAAGACUGCCUGCAUGAGAUGAUCACUCAUGUGGAGAACUUUGUGUCCAAUGUGAAUUCUGCAUUACGACAUAAACAUGAACAGGAGAGGCUUCAGGACAUCUCAAAACGCAUCGAAGCCUAUGAAGCCGUGGAGGCGCGGGAUGACGAACUGGAGCGAGUGGUCAAGAACUACUCUGAGCUGAACCUGACCCAACCCAUGCCAGGCUGCCCCGAGCACCUGGCGCGGCACCUUCUGCACCACGGAGACCUGAGGCUGCGUGACCCCCACACCUCAAAGAUGGACGUGCAUGUCUUCCUCUUCACCGACCUCCUCCUCAUCACCAAGGUCACCCAGCGCAAGGCAGAGAAGGUCAAGGUGGUGCGGCCGCCCUACCCUGUUGCCCGCCUGGUGCUGGUGGAGCUGAAGGACAACACCUCGCUGGGCCUGGUGUCCGUCAAUGAGUGGAACGUUGCCGUGGCCGCCUUCACCCUGCAGUGCCCAGACCAGCGAUCCUACAGGACCUGGCACGACACCCUGAAGCGAGCGAAGGAGCAGUACCGCGAGGCACAGCAAGCGAGGGACGCCAUGGUGUUCGAGGACAUGGCGUGCGUCGGACACCUGGCGCCCCGCUCGCCCCGCCCCGGCUCCUCCAGGGCGUCGCGUGUGUCCAGCCUGGCGCACUCCCACUCUGGAUCCAUCGACCUGAACGAGACGUCCCCGGCGGCGACGCAGCACCACCCCAGCAUCGACAUGAGCGACGUGAGGGCCUCAAGCGCCUCAAGUGAGGAUUCGGUAGCCCUGCCCGCCCCAGAGAUCCAAAGGUCGAGGUCACUGGAGGGGGGCGGGUGUGGCGCUGUUUCCCCACGUCCAGACCGCCGGCCAGGCAUCCCCAAGACCCCCAACACCCUGAGUGUGACGCCACCCUAUGCCACGGGUCAGUCCCUUCCCAACCUCACCGUGGAGUCCUCCAACUCCCUGCGUGUUCCCGGCAGCAGCGGCAGCAACCCCAAGGCCCUCUCCCCAGGGAACCGUGGUGUCUCGUACCCGCCGCCGUCGCCCCGCACGCUCCGCCGGUCAGCGCCUGUCCCGCAGUCCCGCAAUCCGCCGCUCCUCAAGACCCGUCACGUGACCUCCAUGGUGGGGUCGCCGCAAGAGGUGGAGCAGAAUGAGCAGGAGGACGCGGCUGGGCGAGGUGGAGCGCCGCGGAGGGUCUUCCGCAACGAUAGGAUGGAUAAUCGUCGCUACCACACGGCGGGGGCCAUCGACGACAUCAAGAAGCAAGACACCAAAGACACGACCAUCCACAAGAGACUGUCCUGGAACUAUGGUCAGGGCCCGCCGCCGCCGCCCCGGGAGCUGGGCGGCGACUCUAGCAAGCUGGGCCGCAACAAACACUCGCUCAAGAAUGUUUCCUGCGAGUCUGUACACAGCUCCUCCGGCGUGUCCUCCACCUCCUCCCUCCACCGCUCCCUUGGCUCGGAGGUGGAGGCACUCGAGAACAUCGAUGACAACGAGCCCCUCACCAGAACAGAUGGUGAGGCCACAGUGGUGGACCUCACUGUGAGUGACUGCACCAGCCUCAAGAUUUCUCCUCACAUUUCCACCACCUACAUCUGCCACGACUCAGACAUCACCCUGGGCGUCUGCUCCCAGUACAUCACACAGUCCAGCAGCUCCCCUGAGCCAAGUGAAAACUGUGAGAACCUGGUGAAGAUUGACGUGUCGGAAACAGACCCCGGCAUCUCCUCGGUCCAGAUCAUGGUGACGGAGGGCACCGCGGCCGCUGCGGCGUCCAGCCCCAGCGUGUCUGCAGAGAGCGUGACGCCCACCAAGCCCAGCGAUCUGAAGAUGAGGGAAAUUCUGCUGAACGAUGCAUCUGUUGAGGCGUCGUAA